AUGGUCGCCAAGGGGGACAACGUCUCUGCCGACACUGUCCUGAAUUCGUCAUAUAUCCACAAAUACAAGCCUGGGGUAGCUACACGAUCUCAUACGACGUUGUAUUCAACUGCCUUGGAUACUCCACCCAGAUAUACAACCGAUCCUCGAGUUGAGCAAGUGGGUAAAAUCAUUUCAAAUUUCCCCAAAGACUUUGAUUUCGGGCCUUCGGCACAAUCUGUGUUUAGGUCAGGGAAGAAGUUGCAUCAGUUCGAAGCCGAGACCCAGGUCCGAUUCGGCGACAAAGGUAGCAACCUCACAUUCAAGGACUUGGUCAAUGGGGAAGUUAUAUCCACUGCAAGUAUCGAGUUUAGCAGACAUUGA